UGAAACAUGUUUAAGCUUUUGGCGAACUUCCGGUGACUUACAUUAUAUUUCUUACUUUCAUUUCUUUCCGAGUUUGAAACCAAACCAAAUGUUUCAGUUACAUUUCAAUUUAUUUGUCAUCUGGCCACAAAUGAAACUGAAUCUGUGGGUUAGAUUGUCAUUCAUAAUAUGAAAGAUCUAUUACUGACAAGCUACUAACAUUCGCUGCUCUGUGUAUGUGCGUGUGUGUGUGUGUCUAGUGUGGAGGUGGUGGUCCUCAGACAAUACAAAGCUUCAACCAUGAAGGAGGAAGAGUGCAGUGUGUUGAAGUCAACCUGUGAGAACCCUCAGUUCCCAAACUGGAUGUGGAGAUACAACCGUAACAAAAGGUUGUCGAGGUUCGAACCCUGGUUCACGAGGGUCGAAAGAUGGCCGCCUCAGUACCGGAACAUGGGAUUGCAUGAUGACUUCCGGUUCCAUCCCGUCGGGCCUGACGAAGAACUGAGACCAUUCCUUCACCUUGGGGUCAAUUACGCCCAUAAUCUCGUACUUAAUCGCUGUGCUGGUUCAGGAAACGAGAGCCUGGGAUUCACCCCAGGCCCAGCGCCACCUAGGCUCGUGGUUUACGAUGUGCAGAACCCGUAUCCCAGGGAUGACCUCUACAAGGUCAACGAAAUCAACAACAUCAGCCCCGGGAUGUCACUUCUGGACUAUUCUUACCUCCCAACGCCAGAGAACGACAACUCCCGGGAACCAAUAGACCCCAGGAGGUACCUGGAGUUAACACUGGGUCAAAAAAGGGACCUCCCGGGCACGUUCCCGCAUUUCAACGCCGCCGGCCACCAACGCUUGACCCAGGAGUGCAAGACUAAUCAGUCCAGCGGCCACCUGGACCCUCUAGAGAUCUGGACGCAGAAGUACGUCAGACGCGAGCAAGAGCAUGCCGCAGCGAGGGCUCUUGGAAAGCGAAAGCUGCUGCCACCUCUGCUGCUUCAGGACUGCAACUUUGAGAACAAGCCUGCUGCCAACUACGAGAAUAUGAGACCUCCGGUGCACAAAGCUGGCAUCAAUAACUGUGUAGAGAGUGUACGGAAGAUAUACUAACUUAUGUUAGGCAGACGAUAAGCUUGUAGUAUAGCAUUGGGUUUAAAAAACCUAUGGAAGAAUAAGCUAAAACAUCAAGCUUGGUUUAAAUCAUGGAUAUAGCUAAUACACGAAUAAGCUGCUAAAUAUAUUUAUGUAUCCACCAAAGGAUUCUGUUUUGUCAUUCUAAAAUGAACUGAGACCCACAGAGUUUCUUAUCACAUAGGUCUACAUCUCCAUUGAACAGUGUGUGCGUGUGCUUGCUGGCCUGCGUGUGUGUGUGUGUGUGUGUGCAGGCCAGGAAGGGGGGUUAGUCAGCCCAUAUUGAAUUUGUUUUCUAAAAUCGAGAUCAGUCUUUCACAAUUUUAUCAUAACCACUCUUCCUCGCCUCUUUCUUUCUCUCUCUCUCUCUAGAAAGAAAGAAAGAAAGAAAUUGGAACUAAGAGCACAAACUAAUCAAUCCGUUUUGCUAAUUCUUCCUCAAAUCUCAUUCACUUUUUGAAACCUAACUUGGAUAGAAGACUGCAGGAAGCCUUUGAUAUCUCAUUUACACCUUUAUUGCAUAGUGACUUCCACUUUACUCUUCUUUGACUACUGUUAAUAAAGGUAGUUUUUUUUUAAUCGUCUUGGUUUGCGACUGUGUGAAUAAUUAGCAAGUAAGAAUGAGUUUUUCACUAUUGGUAAUUUCUUGGCUAGUAAUAUAAAAUGAAAUAAAAAAACAAAAUAAACCCAAGUUGCAUAUUAUGUGAAUCGACUCAAGGAUUCUCAUGACAUAGAGAACUGAUAAAUUAUUUAUAUCACGAAAUAUAAUGUGAGCGUACUGAAUGAGAACCUUUGAACUACUAUCUAAUGUCUUAAAACACAUCACAAACCCGCUGCUUCUCUCUGUACGCUAUAAUCAGCAGUACCAAAUAAAACACGGGUGUAACAUUUGGCUAUUAUGAUUCAAUAAAUGUGCUGGGAAUUGAUGGUGA